GCUAACUACUAGUUUGCUUUCGUCCAUUAAAGAAAAAAAUUGGUGGGCAGAUACUCUCACUUUUUGCGACAUAACACGGCAAAGUGAGAGAUUGAGAAUGAUGCUUUACUUGCUGGCCAUCAUUCUUAUAGCUCAAGGCACCACUAUCAGCGAUCUCAUGGUCACAUCUCAACAAAUACCCAAAAACAUAUUUAUCCUCGCCGGACAGAGCAAUAUGGCCGGCCGUGGAGGGGUUGUUAACGAUACCAAAACCGGAAUUCCCAGAUGGGACGGCAUCGUUCCUCCUCAGAGCCAACCAAACCCAUCAAUAUUCAAACUAAGCAGCAGCCUCACAUGGAUUUUAGCCCAUGAACCACUCCACUCCGACAUCGAUUAUAACAAGACUAAUGGGGUCGGACCAGGGAUGGCAUUUGCUAACGCUGUAUUGACCAAGGACCCGGACAUCGGUACUGUGGGUCUGGUUCCGUGUGCCAUUGGAGGGACUAGUAUGAGUCAGUGGGAGAAAGGCGGGUUUCUUUAUGAUCAGCUGGUGCAGAGGACACGGGCUGCGUUGAGCAGCGGUGGAGUUGUUAGGGCUAUGCUAUGGUAUCAAGGCGAGUCCGAUACGCUAUAUGAGGAAGAUGCGGAUGCUUAUAAAUGGAGAUUAGAAAAGUUUUUCACCGAUGUCCGGGCGGAUCUGCAUCACCCAUUUUUGCCAAUCUACCAGGUGGCAUUGGCAUCUGGAGAGGGACCAUUUAUAGAGACAAUAAGAGAAGCUCAAAAAGGGAUGAAACAAGCCAAUCUGCAUUGUGUUGACGCAAAAGGGCUACCUUUGGAACCAGACCGGUUACACCUGACUAGUCCAGCUCAGGUUUAUCUGGGCCAAAUGCUAGCUGAUGCAUUCCUUCGCGCUCGCUCUACCCCAAUCCGCACUACCAUCACUUCCUAUAAUUCGUCUACAACCCUUUCUAUUUUUUCUUCUGGAUUUAUUAUUAAUACUUUAUAUCUCCUUCUCUUAUCUCUAGUCUACACAUAACUAUUCAUUAAGCAGGCCUAUGAUUCAAAGAAAUUCAAUGUCAUAAUGAUCUACGGUUUCGCCUUCUUAUAAAUUUGAUUAAAUUUUUAAUUUUU